AUGCUACGACUGACGAGCCUCCUGUCCAAUCAUGCUGCAAAACGUACAACUGCGCAGCCUUUCAAAUACCUAUUAGGUACUAAAUGUCAUUUGUUCAUUCCUAGGGUAUCCCCGAAGUCACUACAAAAACUUCCGUUGGACAUUAAAGAAGACGAAAUUGAACAUCAAAUACGGACAAAGAGACUACUACAGAAGCAAAAAUAUCUUGACAAUGAUGCCUUGAGCAUCAAAAAACUAGCGAGAAAGGAGCUAUCUACUUUGAGAGAGCUAACGAAGGAAGUUGCGCAGCCGUCUUUCGAUGUUGACAGUGGCAAACUGACCUUGGAGUCGGCCGAGCAAGUGUACGAGGCAAUACAUGAUCCCCUGGCACUUCACUCCGACUCCAUCUCCAGUGAACAACCGGGCAUUUGUUCUUUCCCUUCAGAGAUCAAUGAAAGACUUGGGCUAGUUUCAAAUUACUUGAUGCUGCCUACCGAUGCUGCGCAAUUCAAACCCCAAUGGUCUCUUCUAUUACACCAGUUGAAAUUAAGUGGAGGCUUCAAUGGGCUCGAUGCUACAACUGUGCAAGCGUUUGUGAAAACAAUACCCUUUCCGGUGCUAAAAAGUCUUAUCCCGCGAAUUAUCGAAAUGUACAAAGAAGCAGGAGUCACCAUUACCACUAAGGUCGAAUUUUUAAUCUUCAAGGCACUAGCAACUGGAGGUAAAGUUACUCCCAGCGAAGUUCAAAUGAUGGAAACUUACUUUGAAAAGCUAUUAGAAAAGAAUGAUCAAAAGACAGACUAUUAUGAAACCAUGGUUUGUGCAUAUGUGAAGAGCGAUAACAUGAAGAAGGUGGAAAAGUUGCUCAGUGCAAUGAAAUUAAAGAACAUAGAGAUCACACGCUCUAUAUUUACAUCGAUACUUCAGGGGUACGUUUAUUAUGUAAAUGAUCACGACAAAGCGUGGGAGACGUUCAAUGCCAUGAAAUUCUUGUCCAAAAAGACUCAACCGAAUGAACGCAACUAUACCGAUAUGAUUUUCUCGUUUGUCAAGAACAACAAGUUGGAAAGUGCGUUGGAUAUGUAUCAAGAAAUGUUGGAUAACAGAAUACCGUUGAAUCAGAACAUAUUGGCUACGUUGGCAAGGGGCUGCUGUAAAAGCAAGCGGUUUGCAAUUAAAUCGUGGGACUUCAUUUUCAAAAUAUACGAUCAUGGAUGGUUUCCUAAUUUGCAAACUUAUGAAAGUAUGUUAAAUUUGUCUGCAUUUGAAGGCACGCUUGAUCUAACAAGGGCAUUAUUCUUAAAGAUGACAGAGACUAAUUCAGUCACACCAAAAGCAGUUCUAUAUUUGAUGAUGUCUUAUUCCAAACAUUCUUUCGAAAAGUCGUCUAAACGUGCCUCCAUCGACCAUGACGAACGAGGACGGUUAUUCAAACAAAAAGUAAUGCAGGACAUCGUCUUUGCGCAACAACUGAAUGGAUUUCCGUUUCUUCCUUUAUUAGCCUUGCCCAACAACGAUGCAGCUUUGGCUGAAGCAACCGCUAUCAUUUCAUAUAUCAAGAAGUCGAAUCCCCGGCUCUUGACUCCCCAGUUGGUAACAACUUUUUUGAAUACAUGGACCAACUUGGGUACUAUGGAAGGUUUUUCCAAGCACUAUGAGGAUCUCACGUGUUUUGAACCGUUACGCAAGUCUGAUAUGAAAAGCGGAACUGUUACAGAGUUUAACAAGACUGAUAUUGGUAAUGACAAAAUUGCGAGAGAUACUCCCAUUUAUAUUGCGGCAUUGAAAGCUGCUGCCAAGUUCAAAAACUAUGAGCUUGCGAAAGAGAUUCUUGAAGAGCGAGGUCAAUUUAGAAGAUCCAAAGCAUACCAGUCUAUGUCAAAAAGGGCUCAAAGCCUGUGGGAUUUUGAAUUUGCUAGAGCACUAGUAGAGUGCUUCAAGAAUAUGAACAUGCUCAAGGAUGCCUUAUCUGUAGUACUCCUGUCCGAAGAAAGGUUUCCUUGGAGCUGGAAAGAAUUGGGCGGUUUGGCAGGCGCUGCGUUAUCAAUCGAAGAUUUGCAAAUGGUGGAUGAAAUUAAGCGAGUGAUAAAAAGUAAUAGAAAUAGACGGUAA